CAAACGCACUGCAGUGCUUAGUUCAGUGCAUUUAAUAUGAAUUUAUCUUAUUAUGUCAUUUGAUCAAGUUGCGUUAUGGGACAGCCCAGUUGCUGCUUUGCUGGCUGUGAUUGGCUGCUUCCGGGUGCAGCAGGUGAAACCUGAGAAGCCGUCAUCAAGCACACCUGUGAGUGACGCCCAUCUUGGUCCAGUUCCUGUUCGGAGUGUGUAGCGAAAUGGCAGCAACAACUAUUUCUAUUGAACAAGACCAGUUUUGUUGUUCGGUGUGCCUUGAGGUUUUACGAGACCCGGUGACGAUCCCCUGUGGACACAGCUACUGCUUGGACUGCAUUGAAGACUACUGGAACAGGGCCAAGCAGAAAGGACAGUACAGCUGCCCACAGUGCAGGCAGGAGUUUCAUCCCAGACCUCUGCUGAGUAGAAACACAGUGCUGGGAGAAGUGGUGGAAACGUUUCUUCGAUCUGGGUUUCCAGCUCAACACUUAACCAAAGCAGAGGAAGUGAAAUGCAGUGUUUGCACAGUGAGAAAGACCAAAGCUGUGAAAUCCUGCCUGGUGUGCUCCGAGUCUUACUGUGCAGCUCACGCGAGAGUCCACGAGGAGCGCUUUCACGGGAAGCCCCACAAGUUGAUCCCAGCUGUGGAUCAGCUGAGGGAGAAAGUGUGCCCGCAUCACGAUAAGUCACUGAGGCUGUACUGUCGCACUGACCAGCAGUGUGUGUGUUCCCAGUGUGUUAAAGAGACGCACAAGGGCCAUGACGUAGUGCCAGCGGUGGAUGAGAGAGCAGCGCAACAGAAAAAACUCCAAGAAGCCUCUUUGAAGUCUGUGCAAAAGUUGAAGGACACAGAGAAGGAACUCAGAUAUGUUGUCAGAUAUAUUAAGCACUCCACAGAAGCAGCAGUGGAGGAGAGCGAGAGGGUUUUCGACAAGCUGAUCCGCUCCAUAGAGAAACAAAGCAGCGAGGUGAAGGAGGUGAUCAGAGUCCAGGAGAGAGCAGCCGUCAGUCAGGCCGAGGAGCUGCUGGAGAAGAUCCCGAGGGAUAUAAUCGAGCUCCGGAGGGCCGGCGCUGAGCUGGAGAAGAUUUCUCGUACUGAGGACCACGUCGGCUUCCUUCAGAAGUGCAAGUCUCUUCAUUUUCCUGCAAAGACUGUGGAGAUCCCCAGCACUGAUGCACUUCAAUAUAUGAUGUAUAAGACCAUGAGAGGAGCCCUGCCUGAUCUCAAAGACAGUCUGGAUGAAACGCUUCAAAGAGAAUUUAACAGGAUCUCUGAUAAAGUGAUCUCACUGAAGGAAACCAGCAAUCAAAAUAAGUCUGAAAAGACUAAAGCAAAAGACACUGAAAUACCAUACAACUCGGAACCGAAGAAGAGAGCUGACUUCCUACAAUAUUACAACGAUAUAACCCUGGACCCGAAUACAGCCAACCCUUAUCUAAGCUUCUCUGAUGGUGGAAGAAGAGUGACCACACGUUUGGAGCCACAGCCCUACCCGGACCAUCCGCAUCGCUUCACCAGCUGGGCCCAGGUGCUGUGCAGAGCUGGGAUGGCUGGACGCUGCUACUGGGAGGUGGAGUGGGCUGGUAACGGAGGUGUUUCCAUCGGCGUCUGCUACAAAAACAUGGGCAGGAGCGGAGCGGGGAGCGACUGCAAGCUUGGACACAACUCCAAAUCCUGGAGCCUGGACUGCUCUAACUCAGUCUGUUCAUGUCAGCACAACAAGGAGAGUGUAGCUGCUGGCGCUCCCUGCGGCAGCAGGAUCGGAGUGUUUCUGGACUUCAGGGGUGGGACAUUGUCUUUCUAUAAAGUUUCUGAUACAAUGGUUUUACUGCAUAGAGUCAAGACUACAUUCACCCAGCCUGUAUACCCAGGGUUUUGGGUGGGUUUGAGCUCUACAUUGAGGCUGUGCUCUCUUUAAAUGUAAAGAUGACUCAAUGUUUAUUUCAAGUAACCUUGUAAGUAUGGGACUCAAUAUUUAUAUAAUAACAUUUGACAGAAAUAAGUUUGUGCUCAACUAACAUCUACUCAAGUUUGUAUAUUUAUGUUGUAUGAUUUACUGUGACUCAAAUCUAUUUUAUUUUAAAUGAAUUUGUACAUCAAAGAUAUUUUAUUAAAUCAGUAAUAAAGCAUUUGACAGACCGAAUACUUUAAUAUUUCAAGGAUGUAAUUCCCCCUCAACAUUUGAAGCAAAGUAUAUACAAAUAUACUAUUUGA